AUUCAAACAAACUUUAUAAGCAUGAUGCUUGUAUGUACGCUGCUCCUCGCUAUAGCUACUUCUGCUGCAGCAACAGACGAUGACGAUUACGAGUGGGAACCGAUUAACAUCACAGAGUUUCUUGACACAAACGACAAAAUAUGGACCGUCAUAACUACAGCUAACGACAGUCUUGAAUGCAAAGUUGACGAAAAAGAAUCCAUAAAUCGAACUUAUAUAUUAUUUUCUAGGAAACAUCGCACAUCUAGCACGAUUGUCACAACUAGACUACAAGGGAAGUUUAGUGGUAUGUUUCCUUAUCCUAACAGCAUAAAUGUCGGACCCAGAGGUGGAGAAGCUACCAGCGUCGAAGAAUUAAUAUAUCAAGGAAAUGACAACAAAUGCGGUGUGUUUGAGCUCCGGAACCUAACCAGGGUGAUCACCGGGCCUUGCUAUUAUUUGUAUAACAAACCAUGUCCGCAAUAUCGUGCCUUUGAUGUAAGGGUGAGGGGCUUCGGCGGCCGUGUAUCCGCCAAUGAGUGCUUGGAUUGGUUCAAAGCGGAGUACCCAGAAGAAACCUUUACACGGGAAUUGUAUAAACGCAGUUGCAACGAUAUUUCCAAACUCAGUAUCAGACAUUCGUAGGCCGGAAAUUGCAGACUCAAUAUGACAUGAUUGGUCAUUCAAUGAAAACAAGUAGUUACCGAGCCAUAUUCUCAUAGUAGUAAUUUUUUCUCGUAUGGCACAGUCUGCUCUAAUGGCUUGCUGAGCGGUAUUGACUUUUCAAUAAACAAAUGGCAUUAUUAAACGCUUCAUUUCCAAAAUAAAACAAUACAUAAACGCUCCAAAUGCGCUAUUAUGUCAAAGCGCAUUCCUCUUUUUCUUUUACUUCAGUAUGAAUCAAAAUAAA